CAGUCCCAGAACCAAUGACAGAACGAACCGCACUCCAAGAUCAACCAAUACCAGAAAAUCCAAAAAAGGUCGACAAACCUUGUCUCAGAUAGAGGCCAUAUCAACAGAUCUGACUACAGACCUCACAGCCGCGUUGAACGCAAACUCGCUUCCCCCUAAUUUCCCAACAAGCUCAUCCGAAAGCAAUAACAACAUACUUCCGGAAGUUUAA